AUGAUGAUAAGAUCAAAGGAUGUGCCGAUAGCAUUGAUUGUCCUGUUGUCGGCUGCUUAUUGGUGCCCGACAAGUUCUUGGGGAGUGUCCUGGGGUGUUCGUUUUCGUGCAUCGUCAAAGAUUGCUGCCUCAUCACGAUGGGUUGAUGGCGACGGAUGGCAGCAGCAGCAGCGGCAGCAGAGGCCAGAAUCACAACAACAGUUUCGGUACGGGAGCCAUGGCCGACCGGUUGUCGGCGAGCUUGGAAUGGUCGCCACUGGUGGGCGCGUUCGGCAGGGCGAGGGUGCGGAACGGGGAAUCGCUGUUUACGACGGCGAGAGCGACGAUGGAGAGGAGUUGGAGGAGCCUUGGCCGAUCAAGCAGUACGACGGCGAUCGCAUCGAGGACCACUAUUCGAAGAAGCUGUGGGCGGUCUUGGGGAGGUUCAUCCGCAUUGGGCCGCCCAUCACGGCGUGGUACGCACAGCAGCAGCUCGACAAGCGGACGGCACCCUUUCUGCCCAAGCACGUGGCUGAGGCGAUGAACGAGGACCGCGCGCAAGAGCUGCGCAAGAUCCUCGCCGAGUCCGGCAGCGUAACCUUCAUCAAGAGCGGGCAGGCCUUGUCUCUGAGGGGAGACCUGGUCAAGAAUCGGGAGUACGAUGAGGUCGGCACCUUUCCCAACUCCGUCGCCUUCGAGAUCAUGGAGGAGGACCUCGGGGUGCCCCCAGAGGAGGUUUUCGACUUCAUCUACCCCGACCCCAUCGCGUCCGCAUCGAUCGGCCAGAUACUGGUAGCCAUUAUAGUUGGGAGGCAACCGCCACGGUGCACAAGUACUACUAACGUGCCUCCCGCAUCUCUCAAGGUUUACAAAGCGCGGGUCCGCCGGACCGGAGCCCUCGUUGCCGUGAAGGUGCAAAGGCCAGACGCCUUCCGAUCGGCCGCGGUCGACAUGUACCUUCUGCGUCAAGGGGCGAGGUGGUUCAAGAAGGCCAAGAAGCUUCGGUCCGACAUGGUCGGCGUGGCGGACGAGUUCGGCCGACAGCUGUUCAACGAGUUGGACUACGUGAAGGAGGCCUACAACUGCAUCAGGUUCAAGGAACUCUACGGAAGCAUUCCCGGGAUUUACGUGCCGGACGUGGAUCUUUCCCUCACCACGAGGCGCGUGCUCGUUCAGGAGUGGGUAGAGGGAGAGAAGGGGCCUUGGAUGGAGGACGGGGAAAAGUUGCUCACGAUCGGCCUGCAGUGCUCCGUGCUCCAGGUCUUGGAUUCGGGCUUUUUCCACGCGGAUCCGCAUCGCGGGAACCUUCUCCGUACGCCUGAGGGCAACCUGGCCUACCUCGACUUUGGGAUGAUGGCCAAUGUCACCGCGGAGAAAAGGUACGCUUUGAUCGGCGCCACCAUGGGUCUCCAAAACCGGGACAUGCGUCUCAUCGCCAGCAACCUCGUCACCAUGGGAUUUUUGCCCGACGAGACCGACGUGAGCACUUUAGCCCCUGCCCUGGAGAAUGCCAUCCUAGACGCUUCAGACGGGGAGGGAGCCAGCAAGCUCAACUUCACCCGUCUCAACGAGAACAUCGGUGCCCUGUCCGAGGUGUUGACGUUCCGUGUGCCGCCCUUCUACUCACUAAUCGUGAGAACCCUCACCAUCCUGGAGGGGCUGGCGCUGUUCGUCGACCCAGACUUCAGACUUAUUAAGGGCGCCUACCCGUACGUGGCGAAGCAAAUCCUCAGUGAGGACAAACCUGAGAUGGUGGCCCUCAUGAAGGCUACGCUCAUCAACACAGAGGGGACUAUCGCGUGGCGUCGUCUCGAGCAGCUCGUGACGAUAUCGGGAGCGGCCAAGGUCGCAACAACCAAGGAAGAGUUCGAGCAGCUGAAGGCGGCUCAGGCAAAGUCUGACAUCAGAGAAAAAUUCGCCACCAGCGGCCUGGGAGACGUGGACCCAGAGGUCAAUCUUGACCUAACGAUCUCGGUGCUGAGCUUCCUGCUGUCGGACAACGCCCUAUUUUUGAGGGACGCGCUGAUCGACGAGCUCCUCGACACCAUGGACGAGUUCGGCGCCGCCUCGUACAACUUCGCGUCGUCGGCGACUAGGGGCCUUCUCCCACGAAGCAAGGAGGAGUCCACCCAAAAGAAGCUUGACGCCGUCUGGGGCGUAGUUCAGCAAAUUGUCGAGAACAACGCCGCCGAGGAGCAGCAAGCCGGCGGCGGAGGCGGGAUGGGUGCGGGCUACCCCCAGCUUCGAAGCUUGUUCGCGUUCAUGUCCGACCUGUUGGGGGACCCGAGACGGCGGCAGCAGCUAGGGCCCGUUCUCGACCAGCUGGGGGAGUUUGCGCGAGAGGUUUUUGCUCGAAUCGUAGAGCGGCAGGCGACAAACGUCGUUCGCGGCGGUUUCGAGAUGCUCAACCCUAGCCAGGCGUUCCCCGCCCUUGCAGACGUGUUGGACGUGGUGGCUCCUCCCCGGAAUCAAAGGUUUGGGGGGCGUCAGGGAAGAUCAUCGAGCUGACGUGCGUGCCCACCGCGGGGUCCGGUGAAGGAACAACCGGGCGUUGAUUCUUUCCAAUGCUCCGCUCUUGGGGAUGCAAGCAACAAACCCAAGUAACGCGGUUGCGCCACGCCCGAACUCUGCUGAGGCCAUGCCAAUUUGUAAUUGCGAGCCUAAGGGGGGCGUGACUCGCUCCCCGGAAUACUGGCAUCACCUUGGUAGCGGCAAAACAGCAGGGUGAUCCUCCAACGCAAGGAGCUUGGCAAGGCUGCAAUGCCUGUAAGUGACGACGAGUGUGCAUAGUGGUGGUUGUACUGGCCUGUUGGCGUUUUACGACAGGAUUGAGCGUGGCGCUCUGAUAGCUUGGUUUUGAGCACGCAUGCCUUCGAUGUACACCCUUGUCGUGGGUAAGCCUUUCUUGGAUGGAUCGACAAUACUCAUGGAGUUCGUGUAUUUUCGGUCGUACUACGAAGAUUUAGAGGAGGAUCCAAGGGCCAAUCGAAUCAGUAAACCGGACACAUCGAGAAGUCGGGUGGAACUCAUCGAAAGUAGUUGAAUUUUCGACCCUGGCUGUCAUUAUUUACCCGGCAGGGAUCUUCGGCCAAUCAGAACGCACCCCCGAAUUGGUCCAGUAGGGAAGACAUGACUAGUAUGGCUUGCCCCACCCCUGCAGCUGGGCUUCAAGUUCGUCGUGCAGUGAGUCGCGAUUGUGUGCGGCGGGGCGGUGCCAUACUCCACGUACGUAUGAUGUUGGAGAGACAAGCCGAGCUCCGGUUUUGGGGCACCGCGAGGGUAUCUUAGCUAUGACGGAGGCCCGAGGAAAAUCACGGCAAGAAGUGACAAAACGGUGGCGCAUUGUAUGAAGAGGGGGUCUUGUUGGAACAGUAAUAGUAGUUUGAGGGCAGGCGUCAAGCGAAAGGGGAAAAUGUAUACUGAAGUUUUUUUUUGGAGGAACGGAAGGCUAGAUAUGUGAGGGAACAGUGUCGGGAUUCAUUGGGAGUGUUGAUUCCACUAAAUAGAUGUUCGAGAAGCACUUUGAUUGCAUGCCAACGUAGCAAGAGAGCAGGUACGGGGGCUGGAAGACCGUGCAGCCCAGGCGAAAACCCAACUCUGC